AUGUUUCUCCAAAAUGAAGAGCUUGAUAGUUGGCCACUAGACGAGGCUUUUUCAGGGUACUAUGACUCGAGUUCGCCGGACGGAGCAGCCUCAUCGGCAGCCUCUAAGAACAUUGUUUCAGAAAGGAACAGGAGGAAGAAACUCAACGAAAGACUCUUUGCACUUAGAGCCGUGGUCCCCAACAUUACUAAGAUGGACAAGGCAUCAAUAAUCAAAGACGCUAUUGAUUACAUCCAAGAAUUGCAUGAACAAGAGAGAAGAAUUCAGUCUGAAAUAUAUGAACUAGAAUCUGGGAAAUCGAAGAAAAAUCCUGGUUUUGAUGCACUUGAGCAAGAGUUACCAGUCUUGUUGAGAUCCAAGAAAAAGAAAAUUACUGAACAAUUUUGCAAUUUCGGCGUCUCCAAGAAUUCUCCUAUCGAACUUCUUGAACUAAGGGUUGCUUACAUGGGAGAGAGGACAUUACUGGUGAGCUUGACAUGCAGUAAAAGAACAGAUACAAUGGUGAAACUUUGCGAGGUUUUUGAAUCUCUCAGACUCAAAAUUAUUACAGCCAAUAUCACAUCUGUCUCAGGUAGAGUCUUGAAGACAGUCUUCAUUGAGGCAGAUGAAGAAGAGAAAGAUGAUUUGAAGAUAAGAAUUGAAACAGCUAUUGCAGCUCUUAAUGAUCCUUUAAGUCCUAUGAGCAUGUAA